AUUUUUAUACUUUAACCCAUUUAAAAUCGAACAUUCAUACAACAUCACACAAAUGAUUUCUCAAUAGUGUGACGUCAGCAAAAGUGUAAAUGUUUGUCACAUCUUUACAGUGAUAGGUGCAAUUCUGUAUUCGAUAAAUUUGUACUCGAUUGACCGCAAAAAUUUAAAAAGUAGAAACCAAGCGUUUUUUUUAUCAGCAACAUUUAGAGAUUAUAUUUUAAUUAAGUGAAAAGGAAGAAUUGAUAAUAAAUUAGGAAAUUGGAAAUAAUUAUGUCAAAUAAUGAUUAUGGCAAUGAUUCCUCUGCUGUGCGGGUGAUCGUUCGUGAAAGGCCAGCUCGAGAUACGGAAGGUGUAGAAGAAGUUUCAAGUGUCAUCUCGUACUCCGAAUCCAGUGCGAAUAUAUUGAUAGCAGAUGGGAGACCUUUUACAUUCGAUAAAGUUUUGGGACCUUCCGGUUCUCAGGAGCAACUUUUUCUUGAUAUUAGCCCUUUGGUUGGGAAGGUAAAAGAAGGCUUCAAUUGCACAGCUUUGGCUUAUGGGCAAACGGGAACUGGGAAAUCGUAUUCAAUGGGCUUAGACUUACAUUCUGAACGUCAGGAUGUUGGAAUAAUACCCAGAUGUUUGAGUGAGAUAUUGAAUUUGGUUGGGAAUGCUGCAUCAGUUUCGGACAUCAAUUCAGAUCAACAGUCUUCAAGUGAGAUAUCUGCUUCUUUCAUUGAAAUUUACAACGAAAAAGUAUUUGAUUUACUAAGUGAAAACACGACGGAACCUAUUGUUUCACGUGGGUACAAAUACAAAGGAGGGACUAAAAAAGUUCUUAAAUCAUUGGACGAUUGUUAUAGUGUUCUUUUCCAAGGCAAUAAAAAUCGUCAUGUGCGACCUACAAAAAUGAAUUCAAAAAGUUCAAGAUCACACGCCAUUUUUACAAUACAUUUGUAUACAGUAUCUGGAAACGGUGUACUCAACAGCAGAUUAAAUUUAGUAGAUUUAGCAGGAUCCGAAGGUGUUCGUAGAACGGGACAUCAGGGUGUUGCCAUGUCAGAAGGUGUCAACAUAAAUCAGGGCCUUCUGUCUAUUGGCAAAGUGUUACAAGCGAAAGCCCUCGGUCACAAAGUCAUACCAUAUCGAGACAGUAUUUUAACCUCGGUUUUACAAGAUUCUCUAAGCGAAAACUCUUAUCUAACACUUUUGGCUUGUAUCAGUCCACACCGCGCGGAUUUAUCGGAGACUUUGUCAACUCUUCGUUUUGCUCAGAGUGUGAAGCAGUUAAAACACUCACCACAUAAUCAUUUAAUAGUCACAGAGUACAAGGGAAGUCGAAUGAAAACACCGAAAAAAGCAAAUAUGGCCCCAGCCUCCACCAAGCGACCCAAUAUUAACACCGGUAUCAGCCUGGGAUUUAAAGCAUUCAAUACUAUCUAUCACAAUAAAACAUUUUGCACUCCAAGCAAAUUGAAACGAAACGCAAAAAAAUUGAAUCAAUCGGAAAUAGGACUUACACCAAGGCAAAAGGCGAAGGAUCAAAGAAGAAUUAUUGGUUCACUUGAGACUCAAUUCCGUGGGAUGCAACCAAACUUGUUGCUAAUAAAUAGAGAACCAAGCAUUUCAUUGGAUAAAACUCUGGAAUCUCGUGCAUCAAUAAUGAGUUUGAAUGUUUCAUCCUCAACAGUACUAGGAAAUGAUGGAACAAUGGCAAACAAGACUUUAAGUUACAGUCCAGUAGUGCGUAAAUGUUUGGAGGAAUUUGAAAAUAUUAUUGAAAAUAAACUUUCCCAUUUUAUGGAUACUUUGAAGGAUCUAAGCAAAGAAAACUUUCAACAAAAUACUCAAAUUGUAGACUCGUCGAAUUCCCUGCCAAGUGCAACUAAUUCAGGACCAUUGCCGUUGGUAUUGCGCAACGAAUUAAAAAGUAUCAUACAGGAAGUAUUGCAAGAGAAUGAUGAGCAAUCCAAGAUAACACUCCUGGAUAAUGGCGAAAGUUCUCAAUCAAUAUUGCUAGAGUCUUCACCCUUGAGGGAGAAUUUAAAUUGUCAACUGUUUGACACAAGUAGUCCUGUCUUUAAAGUCCCUUUGGCUCCUAAUAAAACAUUGAACCGCCCUCUGGGACAGAUUUCGAAAAUUGAUGAUUCGUUUACGCAUAGUAAUAUAACAACACGGCGCUCUAGACGAAUUUCACAACGGGUGGCGGCGGACAAUUCGUUGAAUGCCUCAAGGGAAUAUGGAAUUUCUAAUGAAACUUUGCGGCGUUCUCGACGUAUUUCUUCAAAACUGGAACAAAUUAGAUUGCAUACCGAUGCUUCAAAAAUAUCGAAUUUCGGUUGUUCUUUGCAAAUGACUUCAACAUCGGAAUUGUUUGAAAAAAGGAAAUCUGUUAAACAACUACAUAUUGAAAGACGACAAAGUAUUCGCGAAGCAAUGGAUUUAAAAAAAUUGGCGGGGACUGAGACAGCUAAAAGUAAUCGUAUCGCUUCAUUAGACAGUAUUAUAGAAAGUUAUUUAACGAGUGGAUCAAAUGGCUCAGCUCUGAACACUAAAGGAAAGAAAACGAAUAUUCAGAAACAUCGAAAAGCUAUAUUAGAUCUACUGAAUUCUGGGUCCAGGAAAGAGUUACAAAUAUUGCCACAAAUAGGCCCAAAAACGGCUUUUCAGCUAUUGACACAGAGAACAUUAAAUGGAAAGUUUAAGACUAUUGCACAACUUGAAAAACUUCCAAUAUGGCGUGGAAAUUCAUGGACACGUUUUGCACAAGCUAAUUUACUAAUAGACUGACUCCACAGCACUAUUAUUUAUUUUAACAGCUUCUAGUUUGUAGCCAGUUUAUAUUUAAAAUUUAAGAUUAUUUUUCAUCUCAGACCAAAAAAAAAAUAAAUUGAAGGCUUUUUUUCAUUUUAUUCCAAGAGCUUAAAAAUAUAUAAUUACUUAUAUUCUCUUCAAAAUGACAGAACAUUAAAUGGAAAGUUUAAUACCAUUGCACAACAUGAAAAAACUUCCAAUGCGGUGUGGAAUUUUAUGGACAUAUUCGCACAAGGACUUACAACUUUUUCUACACUCUUAAUUUUCACUUAAGAACCUAAUCUACUAAAUCCAAAACAUUAUAUAUUUAAGCCUUUUCGGACGUGUUAAAUCUGGGUGUCCUUGUGGUCGGAAGUAAUUUAUAUUUAAAGAGCAGUGAAAUAUAUCAUACAAGAAUUAAUAAUUAUUUUCAAAGGCUAUGUUAUAUUUUAUAUAAAAAUUUUAUUUCAUAGAACCCAUUGCAUGGAAUUUUUGAAAUCAGUCUCUAAUAUGCAGCUGGAUAUCGGCUGUGUUGCAAUUUAAUUUCUUUGAUAUCUUUCGCCCCUAAUCCUUCUAGUGGUGUUCCUCAAAAGAUCUGUAUAUACCUUUUAUACCUUUAUAUAUGUGCAGAUAAUUUUAAUUAUUACGAUUUCCUAAUAAGGUGACCGAGAACAAACAUACGACCGCAAAUGGAUAAUUUAAGAGCUUCUUUUUUGUAACUAGUUUAGAUUCAAAAUGUUUGUUUUAUUACACAUCUUUAACAUAAAUUUACACUUUGUUUUAUGUUUUUAUGUUUUCUC